UUGGAUGCACUGGAAAAUCCAGCUAUAAAAUUGAAAAACGCCCGAGCAAAGCUGUCAGUUGCUAAUAAGCUUAAGAUGCGACUGCAAUCUCCGAUCUUUCUCUCUGUAUUUAUCUGGGGUACACAAUGAGCAACAAGCUGACGCUGGGUCUGCUGCAGCUGCCCGUGGGCGGAGAUGUGGCAGAGAAUGUGCGGCAAGCGGUGCUGGGCAUUACGCGACUGAAAGCUGCAAAUCCGCAACUCCAGUUGGCCAUUUUGCCGGAGAGUUUCAACGGGCCGUAUGGCGUCGAGCACUUUGGCCAGCACGCAGAGCGUGUGCCGGACGGGCCCACAUGCCAGGAGCUGUCAAGACUAGCCCAACAGCUGGGCAUCUACAUCAUUGGGGGCAGCAUAAUUGAGCGGGAUGCGGGGGAUAAGCUUUAUAAUACUUGCACAGUAUGGUCGCCCAGUGGCCAGCUAAUUGGCAGACAUCGCAAGAUCCAUCUUUUCAGCGUCGACAUUGAGCCCGCACAGGGCGGUGGUGUGCAAUUUGACGAGGGAGCUGCUUUGACGGCGGGCAGUGAGCUGACAGUGGUGCAAAUUGGCCCACACAAAGUCGGCAUUGGUAUCUGCCACGACAAGCGAUUCGAGGAGCUGGCGCGCAUCUAUCGCAACAUGGGCUGCUCCAUGUUGGUGUAUCCGUCGGCCUUCUGCAUCUGCCAGGGUCCCAUGCACUGGGAGCUGCUGCAACGGGCCCGUGCGACGGACAAUCAGCUGUUUGUGGUCACCUGUUCACCUGCCCGCAAUAACAUGUCCGGCUAUGUGGCCUACGGCCACUCCAUGAUUGUCGAUCCCUGGGCACGUGUGCAGCGAGAGGCGGGCGAGGGACGUGAGCUCAUAGUGGAGCAGAUUGACUUCAAUAUGGUGGACGAGGUUCGCCGCCAGAUUCCCAUCUAUAAGCAGCGACGCACCGAUGUCUAUGAGCUGGCCAAAGCGAACACUUCAGAUUGAAACUGGGCUGCGGCUACAAAAUGAACAACAACUCUUAAUUAAAAUGCAACAAGUGGCAAUGCUUGACUAGCUGCUGCCCUGUUCAGUCAGCUCUAAAGUUGAUUUGUAGUAAUGUUUUUCCAGUAAAUUUUUAUAUCGAUUCUCGCAGUUUAAAUAAACUAACCAAGAAGAAAGAACAUAAUAAACUGACUCAAAUUUAUACACUCCUA